GUUCGUAAAAAUCAUGUGCCUUGUCAUUGCGAACAUGACCAACAUUUUUGGACAUGAAAUAGUCUGUACUCGGGACUCGUACCUACAAUUUUUACUGGUCAACACUUUAUUCGGAACUUUGACUCUCCAAGAGCAAUAAUUAUGGAUCAUCAUUAUGUGAGAUUAGCAAGUGGCCAUAAAAUGCCAUUAGUGGGACUUGGGACUUGGCAAGCCAAGGAUCAAGAUGAAGUAGAAAUAGCUCUGAACGAAGCGCUUAGAGCUGGAUAUCGCCACAUUGAUACUGCUUACAUGUAUGAAAACGAGAAAUGCAUUGGAAAAGUUCUACGAGAAUGGCUCGAUUCUGGACGUGUACAACGAGAAGAAUUGUUCAUUGUCACAAAGCUCCCUUGGAUUGGGAUUCACCCUGAUCGUGUUCCCCAUUUUUUGAAAAAGUCCUUGGAAGCUCUCCAAUUGGAUUACGUGGAUCUAUAUUUGAUUCACUCUCCAUUGGGCUUGCAAUACGUUAGUGACACCGAUACAUGGCCAACCAACAAGGACGGUGAAACUUUGCUGGAUAUGAAAACAGAUUUGGUAGCAACCUGGAAAGCAAUGGAGAAAGAGGUUGAUGCAGGUCACGCAAAGUCCAUCGGAGUUUCUAAUUUUGAUGAAGAUCAGGUUGAAAGAAUUGUGAAAAUUGCAAGAAUUCCAAUAUCAAACAUUCAGGUGGAACUACAAAUCUACUUGCAGCAGAAACCCUUACGCAAGGUUUGUCUUAAGCAUAACAUAUCGGUGUGUUCAUAUGGCAGUCUUGGGAGCCCAGGGCGCAAGGAGGCUUGGGAAAAAUAUGGAAUGAAAUAUGAAGAUCCAGGUAUACUGAAUAAUCCCGUGGUUAAAUCGAUAGCUGAACACCACAAUAAAACAACUGCACAAGUUGGACUUCGAUUUCUUGUGCAAGAAGGAAUAAUUGUAAUUCCAAAAAGCACAAACCCUCAGCGACUUAGAGAAAACAUAGACAUUUUCAACUUUGAAUUAACAAACAAUGAGAUGGUUCAACUAAGAGCAUUGGACAAAAAUGGGAACGAAGGUCGUUUCUUUGCAUUUGACAACAUCAAAGGAGCUCAGGACCAUCCAGAAUGUCCAAACUUCGCCAAAUUGUCAAAGUAAAUGGAUAUUUUUUCAUGUAUUUAGAACUAUAUCGAGUACAUAAAUAAAUAUUAGAGCACACAUUUA